CUAUUUUCCUGGAGACAGGUGCUGUUCCGGAUUGUCUCCAAUGUUUCUCAACUAAUUCUUGAACUGCAGGGUUGUCUUUAAGUCUCCUGUCAAACCGGAACAAGCCUUUACCCUUCCUUCGUGUAGUGUCAAAACAAGUAAUGAUGGGCUUGUGAUCUGAUCCUCCGAACUUAAGAUACUCGCUGUGACCUGCAUAGAAAUCCUCGUACCAGCUGCUGUUUGCAACAGCCCUAUCCAGACGGCAACGUACUACAUGGUCAUGUCUAACUCCUCGCCAAGACAAAAAGUCCCCUGAAUGUUUUAUAUCGUAUAGAUCCCCUUCAGACAUGAAGGAACGCAGAUCAACAAAAGAGCUCUCUGGUCUUUCAGCUCCCCCUGAUUUCUCUUGCCCGUUUAAGAUGUCAUUGAAAUCUCCUGAGAGAAACCAGGCUCCACCUCUCAACGCGUUGAUUUGUACGAGUACACAAAUUAUCCAAUCACGAGAGUGUUUUCAUAUAUUUCACUAAAACUUUUAUUCCAUUUGUAAAUUGGAGUGUCAUAAAAAUAUGUAUGUAUGCAUAUUAAAGUAAACGUAAAAACAUUUACAUAUAGAGUAAGCUUUCUUGGUAAAGACAUAUAAUAACCCGAAGAAAAAUUCAAUGAAAAUGUUAUUUGUAGUUUGAUUUUCAGUACGAUCUCUACGUCGAGGUUUUGGUUUCCAAAUAUAAAAUGCUUAGUCAUUGAAUGUAUAUAUGUUUAUCAAGUUUUGGGAAGUUGAUGAUUUUUAAAAAAUUUGGUAAGUUAAGCGGUAACACAUUAUCACCGCCGGUUCACCACAAUGACAUCAUAUAGUUCAUGAUAAAGUAUGUAGACACAAAAUAAAAAGAUGUCAUCAUUAUUUUGAAGGCAUUAAUCCUCCUAAAAUCAAGGGUGUUUGUAUAUCUCACACCUACACACACUAUCACCCUAUAUAUCUAAACACAAGUUCCAGAGGAAAAAAAUCAUUCUAAAUACUCAUAGCAUAUCUUGAUCUUCUUUUCGUGAUGGCUAAAAGCAACCCAAUCUCAAUUCUUGUAGCUGUUAUCUUCUUUGGCCUGAUGAUCGAGUUGUCAUCGGCUAAUAAAAUGCAUCGUCUAGACAACAACCGAAACAAAGCAAAAGUGAUGAAAGAAGAAGAUCCUCAACUUCAAGGGUUCCACCCUAGAGAAUGUAUGGAUGCCAUCAAGAGUGUAGAAGGUUGUUUCGAGGCAAUUCAUGGGCUAUUCAAUGGACAUCGUGGUGGGUUGAGGCAUUCUUGCUGUAAAACGCUUAAUGGGUUUUCUGAUAAUUGCUGGUCCACUUUGUUUCCCAGGAAACGUUACCUACGUAUUACAAUUAAAUUGAUGUGUCUUUUGGAUCAUGAUUCAUGAGACCAUGAGACAUAUAAUAAAACAUUUGCAUUUUAUUACUAUCCAAUGGCCUCAGAUUCAGUACACAAAUUUAUUUAUAGUCAACCUAAUUGCUGACGUAAGAUAACAAAACUGCUGACGUAACGCAUCUGAUAAUGCUGGUUGGACUUUCCAACAUCUUUUUUUUUUAGCAACAAAAUGACACAGUUACUUUUUUGAGCAACAAAAUGGUUGGACUUUCCAACAUCUAGAAGAAAUUUAGGCACGCCUUUAAAUUCCAUUUCUUGUAUCGGACGUCACAAAAUUGAUUGAGUACAAGUUACCCUUUUUCGUUACUACGAUUGGAUGCAACAAAAUGACACAGUUACUUUUGACAGAAUACAUAUCAGGCAAUCCAUUCUCGUCGUACGAUACAACGUUGUUGGGUACUGUCGCAAUUCCAUGCAGAAAUACAAAUCUACAUUUUUAUCAAAAAAUAUACACAAAAGUUAAUUAUAGUUCCACCUUGAUCGGAAGAUCGUACGAAUUCUAUUUAUUUUUUAUUCCCACAGGUACGAGUAAUAUAUUUAUAUUUAUUUUAUGAAAAGGUAUAAUGUAAGUGUUCUCUUUAUUUAAUUGCAGACGUAUUCGCAUAUUAUCUUGUUGAUAUAGAAUUAUUGGCAUAUUUGCACCCAAAAAAAAAAGAAUUAUUAGCAUAUUCUCUUUAUAUCCAUUGCCAUUACGUGCAUAUCGUUUUAUCUUGACUUUUUUUCCUUCUCGUGUUUGUGUCUGUUUAGAAGUCACAACUCGCAAGUAACGAAAGUCGUGUACUAUUAUUUAUCUGCAAGGAAAUGACUUUAAAGAAAAAAACAUUUAAUUUUUUCGAGGAUAUAUGACUACAAGAAAAGUACAAGAGUAAGAGCAAAAUAAACAGAAAAGACUGGAUACAAAAAAAAAACUUCAGAAACUAAUGGCAUUGUUUUCUUCUCAAACAUUGAACAUUCACAAUACAAAAGAGGCAAAAUGGCAGAGACGACUAUAGGCUCAGGAUCAUAUCCAAUCAAAACCGUCGUCGUGUUGGUUCAAGAGAAUCGUUCUUUCGACCAUACGCUCGGUUGGUUCAAAGAGCUAAACCAGGAUAUUGACGGUGUCACGAAGUCAGACCCAAAAUCAAACCCGGUUUCCUCCUCUGACCCUAACUCUCUCCAUGUCGUCUUUGGCGACCAGUCUCAGUACGUUGACCCGGAUCCAGGUCACUCCAUUCAGGAUAUCUAUGAACAAGUGUUCGGUAAGCCAUGGGAUGUAAGUCACCCGGAUCCAAACCCGGGUCCAGCUACCAUGUCCGGUUUCACUCAAAACGCCGAACGAAACAAGAAAGGGAUGUCUUCUGCGGUUAUGAAUGGAUUUAAACCUGACGCUUUGCCGGUUUACAAGGAGUUGGUUCAAAACUUUGCCAUAAGUGAUAAGUGGUUUGCGUCGGUUCCGGCGUCGACGCAGCCAAACCGAUCGUUCGUACAUUCGGCAACAUCACAUGGAGCAACGAGCAACGACAAGAAACUACUAAUCGAAGGAUUUCCACAAAAGACAAUAUUCGAGUCGCUGGAUGAAGCUGGUUUUAGCUUUGGCAUUUAUUACCAGUUCCCUCCUUCUACUCUUUUCUAUAGAAAUCUGAGGAAACUGAAAUAUUUGACACAUUUUCACCAAUAUGGAUUACAAUUUAAGAAAGAUUGCAAAGAAGGCAAGUUACCAAACUAUGUCGUGGUCGAACAACGUUGGUUCGAUCUAUUGUCAACGCCAGCGAACGAUGAUCAUCCAUCCCACGAUGUUUCCGAAGGUCAAAAGCUCGUGAAAGAGGUGUAUGAGGCCUUGAGAUCAAGUCCUCAGUGGAACGAGAUUUUAUUCAUUAUAACAUAUGAUGAGCAUGGUGGGUUUUACGACCAUGUACCUACUCCUGUCGAGGGAGUUCCUAACCCGGACGGUUUAUUGGGACCUGAACCGUAUAAGUUUGAAUUUAACCGGCUUGGCGUUAGGGUUCCGACUUUCUUCAUCUCUCCUUGGAUUGAGCCUGGCACAGUUCUUCAUGUGCCGAAUGGACCGUACCCUAGGUCACAAUAUGAGCACUCAUCAAUUCCUGCAACGGUCAAGAAAAUUUUCAACCUCAAAGAUUUCUUGACAAAGAGAGAUUCAUGGGCUGGCACUUUUGAAUCUGUUAUUACAAGAGAUUCACCGAGACAAGAUUGCCCUGCAACAUUGUCGAUUCCGGUUAAACUGAGAGCGACGGUGGCAGAAGAAAGUGCACAGUUAAGUGAAAUCCAAGAGGACCUCGUCAUCAUGGCUGCGGGAUUAAAAGGAGACUACAAAAACGAAGAAUUAAUGCACAAGCUUUGCAAAGAAACUUGCGUUACAGACGCUUCCAAAUACGUUAUAAACGCGUUUGAUAAGUUUCUAGAAGAGGCUAGAAAGGCAAGAGAAAGAGGAUGUGAUGAAAACGAGAUCGUUUACUGCAUGGAUGAUGAUAAUGAUGAUGAUGAUGAUCAUGCUGAAAUGCCAUCAUCAUCACAAUCAGAAGCACCACAUGCUGGUCCUAAGCCGAAAACUCAAAGGUCUUUUUUCAACAAGCUGUUCUCUUGCUUUGCUAGUCAUGAUUGAGUGACUAUAGCUGAAACUUCAAUGUAAUUAAAGUGCUUAUUUGUGUGUGAGGGGAUAAUUGAGUGUUGUGUUGUUGUGUUUAAGAAAAUAAAGCUCCAGUUUCUCUUGCAUAAUGAUUUUUCUUUGAUUAUGAACUACUAUACCUUAGUCCAUAGAUGAGAUUAAAUUGUUCGA